GUAGCUGUCGCCAGGAAAUUAUUUGCUUAUGUAUUUGUUUAAUGUUUAUUUGUAUUUUGUCCAGCGACUGUAUUUUGUUUAUUUUUGUUGCAAACAUGUUAUUGUUUGAAAUAUUAUUUGUAAAAGGUUUAAUUUAGAGUUUUCUGGUAACAGUGCCUCCUACUGUUCAGCGGAAAGAGCUACGUUUACGUGAUCAUGUGACCUAACGUAAUGAGCAAUAAAAAAGACAAGGCUAGCAAGUAGAACGAAAAGGAGCUAAGAAAAGAAACUCAAAAAAGACUGAAAGGAAGAGGUUAUAAUGUAGUAACGUCUCCUAAUUCUGAUCAGAAGGAGCACACGUUUUUCACGGUGUUUCACGGUAUUUGAAUUACCACGUCGAUGGAAGAAAAAAUUAAAAUUAUCGUGCUGAACAUCAGUUGAUUCGUGAUCUGAUUUCUGACAGAAGAAAACAUUAGGAGUAAUUACAGUGAAAAACGUCUCUAAUCUACGGCACGACGGGAGUAAAAACGUGCCACUCGAGGGAGCAGAUUCACGGACUGAAGAGUGGGCCGACUUCGCCAGCGUUUCUUCAAGGCGCCACAACUUUAACUAGCAAGAAAGCUAGCAAGUGCUUAUCCGAGGAAAUAUCGCGAACAUCAGACUAGCGCACAGACGGACAGUGCUGUAGUCGUAACGGACUCUAAUCAUCGCUCUCAGGUCAGACUGUAUUUACAGUUUUGUAUUUAAUUUCUUUACUAACUGGAAAAAAAAAAAAAAAAAAAAACUUUAAGUUUUCUAUUGAAUAUUGUACAUAUUAAUAGUGAUUCUGUAGUUUCUCAAAUUUAAAGUUAAUUGUUAAAAUUGUUUGGUUAAAUUUUCAACUGUGAUGUCAUAGUAGUUUAAAAAUGGAUCAAGGUGCCUCAGACCUCUGUGUGCUAGAGUCAGUAGUUCAGGCUCUAGAAGAUGAAAGGGCAGAGUUAGAAGAAAAAUUAGAGACUGAAUUUGAAACUUCCGAAAGACAAAAAAUUGAGGAACGCAUAGGUGAGAUUCAUGCCGAUAUCGAAAUACAAAGGGUUGGGAUUCUAAAGUCAUCUUCUCAAAAUGAACAAGAGGUUAGACGUUCUGAAAGAGAAAAACGCCCAACAGAAAAAAUGCUUGAACUCAGAAAGGCUGAUAUUAUAAAAAGGGAAAGAAGGUUUAUGUUUAUAUAUGUAAACUUCAAGGCAGAGGCUCAGUUAAUUAGAACUAAGCUUAAGCAAGAAUGCUCUAAAGUUGAAUUAAGCGACAUGAUAGUACCUAUAGAAAACUAUGAGUCAAGGUUAAAACAAGAAUAUGAGAGGUUACGUGCGUUGACCACCCCUUCUCAAGAUAUAAGAAGGAGAAUGGAUAGCUGCACUUCUGCUACUACCGAACUAAUAGCACUCUUGAAAGGUCGUCAUGCAGAAGUCGGCACAAAGGAGUUUGAUGCAGAGGCUGCUAAAGCAGCACUCUUUCAUUUACUCCAAAGAGAAGAUGCGAGGUCUAUUUAUGGAUCAACAGUUUCAAGAGCUGGAGUCAGUAGUCAGCAAGGAAGUCAGGUGUCAGUAAAGAAAGCAGAAGCAGCUGCACGUUUGGCAUCAAAACGGGCUGAAAUCAACAGAGAAAAGGAAAUCUCUGCUCAAAGAAUGGAAAUAUUAGCCCAGCAAGAGAGGCUAAAGAGGCUUGAGGAUCAAAGGGACCUUGAAGUCAUGGAGGCUGAAUAUAAGGUAUACGCCGAAGAGGAAUUAAGACUGAAUUCUGACCUAGGAGAUACAGGAAUAAUAAGCACCUUGCCUUCAAAACAGCCUUCAACACAGCACAAUAGCUCACCAUGUUCCCAGGAUCUACAAGACAUCUCAGUACCUCCUUGCAAGGAAGAUAAGCAAGAGAUGGGAGCAAAUGACAUCUCAAUGGUUCAAGCCCUAAAGGAAUCCUUAGCAACAUCUAGACUCCCAAACCCUGAACCAUUCACGUUCACAGGAGACCCACUUAAGUUUAUUGAAUGGCGCACCUGCUUUAAGGCAUUAAUUGAAACGUCCUGCACAAACUCAGCUCAUAGGCUUUUCUAUUUGAAAAAAUACAUAAGUGGGGAAGCGCUCCGUGUGUUAGAAGGAACAUUUUACAGAAGUGAUGAAGAAGCAUAUACACAGGCUUGGGUUUCCCUGAACAAACGCUAUGGUCAUCCUUUCAUAGUCCAAAGAGCAUUCCGUAUGAAACUGAGCACCUGGCAAAGGAUUGGACCUAGAGAAUCAGUGAAAUUAAGAGAGUUCAGUGAUUUCCUUAUAGCCUGCAAGAACGCAAUGCCCCAUGUGCAGGGACUUCAGGUCUUAGAUGACUGUGAAGAAAAUCAAAAAUUGUUGCAGAAACUUCCUGAUUGGGUAACAACCCGUUGGAAUCGGUUUGUCACUAAAGUACUGGAUGAAGGGAAGCCAUACCCAGGUUUUACAGAAUUUUCAGAUUUUGUAGCAGAAGAGGCGCGUAUUGCAUGCAAUCCAAUUUCCUCUCUCCAUGCUUUAAAGGGUACGGAUCAAAAACCUGCAAAAGAACAGAAGCGUUUCCAGUCCAACACUUUGAUGACAGCAUUGAACAAGUCUCAAAAGGCACAACCUAACCCUCAUAACUUAAAUGCAUUAGGAAAUAGUGCCCAGGACAACCCUUCUGGCAUUCAGAACAAGGGGCAAAUAAAGUGUGUCUGUUGUCAGAAAAAUCACUUUAUUUACAAAUGUGACAAAUUUGCAACAAUGCCUCGAGAUGAAAAGAAAAGGUUUGUCAUUGACAACAAAAUGUGCUUUGCUUGCCUCAGAGUUGGUCAUGUCUCAAAAAACUGUAAGAAGAAGGCCACUUGCAAUAUUUGCCGGCAGUGCCAUCCUACUCCACUUCACGAAGAACGUCCUCAAGGAAGAAAGCCAGAGGCAUCAGAACAAGAGCAAGAAAAUUCUGUUGCCUUGUGCAAUGUAAAAGGCGAUGCCUGUGAUCGUACUUCAAUGACUGUUCCUGUUUGGAUCUCGUGUGUUGGAAAAAACUGUACAGAAACAUUGGUGUAUGCAUUACUGGACACGCAAAGCAGUAAUACCUUUAUUGAUCAAGAGGUUUGUCACAACAUCCAAGCAGACACAGAGCCCAUCGUAUUGAAAUUGUCGACAAUGACUAACAGAGGUUCCAGAGUGAAUUGUCAACGAGCAACUGGACUUAGAGUAAGAGGAUACUAUUCACAAGAAUACAUUGAAUUGCCGCCUGCAUAUACCCGAGAGUACAUCCCAUUGGAACAAAACAGUAUUCCCACCUGUGAAACAGCAAAAAGGUGGAAUCACUUACUCUGCAUAUCAUCAGAGAUACCAGAUCUAUUGAAUUGUCCGGUAGGUCUUCUAAUAGGCUAUGACUGCAGCAGGGCUCUGAAACCAAGGCAGGUGAUAUCAGGGGAAGAGUUUGAACCAUAUGCAGUCAAGACUGAUUUGGGCUGGAGUAUAGUGGGAUCCAAAACAUCUCACAAUAGCUCAAGGGAUGUGACAGGGUUGUGCCACCGCAUUUCUGUAAAGGAACUUCCAUCUAUUGCUCCUACCUCCAUCAUUAAGGCCUUAGAAAUGGAUUUUUUAGACACAACUUCCAGAGAAAAGACAGUAUCUCAAGAAGACAUGCAGUUUUUACACCUGCUGAGUGAGAAAAUUCAACAUAAUAAAGAGGGACAUCUGGAAAUGCCUUUACCCUUUCGAGUGCGUCCACAGCUUCCAAAUAAUAGGCAGCUUGCUAUGGUAAGACUAAAACAUCUAAAAAGAAAGAUGAUGAAAAGUUCAAAGUACAAGGAGGAUUACUUAAAAUUUAUGAAUAGUAUGUUUCAUGAUGGUGAUGCUGAAGAGGUAGGUGAUGCCCCAGAGGAGGCCAUCACGUGGUACAUUCCUCACCAUGGAGUGUAUCAUCCUAGGAAGCCUGAAAAAAUUAGAGUAGUAUUUGAUUGCUCUGCUAAAUUUGAGGGCACCUCUUUAAAUGAGCAUCUACUCACAGGGCCAGAUUUAAACAAUGCUUUGACUGGAGUACUUUGUAGGUUUCGUGAGCACCAAAUCGCAAUUGUUUGCGAUAUUGAAAAAAUGUUUCACCGCUUUCAUGUCAGCCCACAAGACAGAGAUUUCUUGAGGUUCCUGUGGUGGGAGAAUGGGAACAUUGAAGGAGAGCUUAAAGAGUACCGGAUGCGAGUGCAUAUUUUCGGGGCAGCAUCAUCGCCAGGAUGUGCUAAUUUUGCUAUGAAACAUCUAGCCACUAAAUAUGAGAAAGAAUACCCACUGGCAGCAAGUUUCAUUCUGCAAAAUUUCUAUGUGGAUGACGGUUUAAUCAGCAUUGAUACAGCUGAGCAAGCCAUCCAAUUGGUCCAUGAUGUACAAAAGGUCUUUGUCAAAGGAAAAUUACAUCUACACAAAUUUGUGUCCAAUAGCAGAGAAGUCUUGGAUUCUAUUCCUGAGAGUGAACGUGCUAGCAUAGUAAGGGAUGUUGAUUUGAAUUACAAUGAGCUUCCAAUGCAGAGUGUAUUGGGGGUAAAGUGGAACGUAGAAACGGACACAUUCUCGUUCAAUGUCGUUCUCAGUGGAAGGUCAGCCACUCGACGAGGAAUCUUAUCUGCAGUUGCAAGUAUAUUUGACCCAUUGGGAUUUUUAUCUCCUUUUAUAUUGACUGGAAAGAGAAUCCUUCAAGAAAUGUGCAAACGUGGAGUGGGAUGGGAUGAACCUCUUCCACCUGAACUGAAGCCCAAAUGGGAGAAUUGGCUUCAAGACUUGGAAAAUCUGCAGCAAAUUCAAAUACCAAGAUGUGUCAUUCCUAAGAACAUUGGCAUAAUCCAAAAAAUUGAACUGCAUCAUUUUUCAGAUGCCAGUACUGAAGGCUAUGGGCAAUGCUCGUAUAUUAGAAUUGUCACUGAUGAGCAGGUUCAUUGUGCACUGAUCAUGGGAAAGGCUAGGGUAGUACCCUCUAAGGUUGUCAGCAUACCACGGCUUGAGCUCACUGCAGCUACAGUCUCUGCCGCAGUAAGUAGCAUCCUCAGAGAAGAGCUAACUCUGAAAAUAGAUCAGGAAUUCUUCUGGACAGAUUCUAAAGUGGUGCUUGGAUAUAUCAAGAAUGAAGCCAAGCGCUUUCAUGUAUUUGUUGCCAAUCGUGUCCAAAGAAUAAGAGAUUCUACAGACCCAGGUCAAUGGUUCUAUGUGGACACAAGUCAAAAUCCUGCAGAUCAUGCAUCUAGGGGUCUCACGGUGGCAGGUCUGCUAAACUCAAUUUGGCUAACAGGACCUACAUUCUUAUGGGAACGAGAGCUAGCAAUACGUGAGGCUUCCCCAGAGCUUCUUGUAGGAGACCCAGAGGUAAAGGUCCUGAAAACUGAUGCCUUUAUGAAGGACAGCUUCUUUGGAAGGCUUUCGAGAAUUUCAGACUGGAACACAGCACUCAACGUCAUAGCCCGCAUCCAAAGAUGGCCUAAGAAAGAUAGGACAGGUCCUAUCACUGUAGAGGAAAGAGAGAAGGCUGCUCAUGCACUUAUCAGAGCAACACAAAGGGAAAAUUUUGAAGAAGUGUUCAAAUUGUUUAGUCAAAGGUCUGCAAAUUUGCCAAAGACUCACAAGCUAUACCAACUAGAUCCUAUCAUAGAAAAUGGGUUGCUCAGGGUUGGAGGACGACUGAGAAAGUCUUCUGCAUCGUUUGAUUCUAAACACCCAAUAAUCCUUCCUAAGGAAGGCUUUGUCACCCAACUUAUACUUGACAACUGUCAUAAGAACACUCAGCAUCAAGGCCGAGGUCAAACACUGAAUCAACUCAGGGCCUGUGGAUACUGGACAAUAAGUGCGAGCAAAGUGGUUGCCAAGCACAUCAAACAUUGUGUCACAUGCAGAAAGGCACGUGGUCAAACUGAAGAACAACGUAUGGCAGACUUACCUGUGGACCGUGUUGAGCCAUCACCCCCAUUUACUUAUACAGGAAUGGACUGCUUUGGUCCAUUCUAUACAAAACAAGGCCGGAAAGAAUUUAAGAGGUAUGGGUUGCUGUUCACGUGUCUGAGUUUAAGAGCCAUUCACUUAGAGAUGUUAGAGGAUCUCACAACUGAUGCAUUUCUGAAUGCUCUAAGAUGUUUCAUUGCAAUACGAGGAACAGUAAGACAGAUUAGAUCCGACCAAGGUACAAAUUUUGUGGGGGCAAAAAAUGAAUUGGAAAGGGGUUUGAUGGAAUUGGACAAAGAAAGGAUCUCUAUAUAUCUUGCAAGAAAACAAUGUGAUUUCCUAAUGAAUGUUCCCGAGGCCAGUCAUACAGGAGGUGUUUGGGAACGCCAGAUAAGAACAGUCAGGAGUGUGAUGAUUACUGUUCUUGCGCAAGCUAAAGGAAGACUUGAUGACACUUCAUUGAGAACUUUCUUCUAUGAGGCCAUGGCUAUUGUCAACAGCCGUCCACUCACAACGAACACACUCAACGAUCCAAGAAGUAUGGAACCACUGACACCAAACCAUUUACUCACGAUGAAGUCCUCUGUGCCCCUUCCCCCUCCAGGCACGUUUGUUAGAGAAGAUUUGUAUGCCAGGAAAAGGUGGCGAAGGGUGCAAUACUUAUCAGAACAGUUUUGGAGCAGAUGGCGUAAGGAGUAUCUGGCUAAUAUAAGCCUCCGACAACAAUGGCAUGUGCCCAGAAGGAAUGUGCAAGUUGGAGAUGUCGUGAUUGUUAAGGAGGACAACAUUCCCAGAAAUGAGUGGAAGAUAGCCAGAGUUGUUGAAGCAAGUGCAGAUGAUGAUGGUUUAGUUCGAAAGGUUAAAGUUCAAAUAGGACAAAGUAAUUUAGGAAAGAAAGGUGAACGCUUGAUACAACCGUCAUUUCUUUCACGUCCAGUUCAAAAAAUAGUGGUACUUGUAGAGAAUAAUUCUUAAAUCCGCUUGGAAAUCCUCCCAGAACCUGGUUAGCUUGUUAUGUAACAUAGUAUGUAUAUGGGAGUUGAAAAUUGUGAAAAUUACAAGAUUUAUUUCAUUUGUGUUGCUAAUAUAAAUCUUUGUAAUUUGGUGGCAGUGUAGCUGUCGCCAGGAAAUUAUUUGCUUAUGUAUUUGUUUAAUGUUUAUUUGUAUUUUGUCCAGCGACUGUAUUUUGUUUAUUUUUGUUGCAAACAUGUUAUUGUUUGAAAUAUUAUUUGUAAAAGGUUUAAUUUAGAGUUUUCUGGUAACAGUGCCUCCUACUGUUCAGCGGAAAGAGCUACGUUUACGUGAUCAUGUGACCUAACGUAAUGAGCAAUAAAAAAGACAAGGCUAGCAAGUAGAACGAAAAGGAGCUAAGAAAAGAAACUCAAAAAAGACUGAAAGGAAGAGGUUAUAAUGUAGUAACGUCUCCUAAUUCUGAUCAGAAGGAGCACACGGUAUGUUACUGUUUUGCCUUUUCUUGUUUUUGUUAUAUGUAUGUUCGUGAUUUGCGCUGUCUUGUAAACGCAGUAGACCGUUUGCUUAAUGGCGAAAAGAGUUUUGUAAAAAUUGAGUUAGUAAUAGUAAUUUUCUUUAUUUCAGUUUUUCACGGUGUUUCACGGUAUUUGAAUUACCACGUCGAUGGAAGAAAAAAUUAAAAUUAUCGUGCUGAA